AUGAAGAAGAGUGCAGAUCCUGUGCAUGACUUCUUGGAUUUCUGGGAAGCCAUCCAAAAGGUCUUUGCCAUGAAGCAAGGAACCAACAAAAACUUGAUGCAUUUCAAGGAACAAUUCUUGAGACAGGCUGAAGUCCUGCAAGAUCUAUAUGGUGUUGCCUGCAACAGGAUUCCUAUGCAACUGCAAUCAAACAAGAACAACUCCUCUGAUGCUGGAUCUUCAGACAAACUAUUGCAUGGAAGUGGAUUACUAUCCAAAUACAAUCCGCAAAGCACAAGAUAUAUUGAAGAUUCACAUGGAUGUGCUCAAAAAUCCGGGAGUGACCCUCUACCAAGGAAAAGACCAACCUAA